AUGGUGCAUCUUUACAGAUUUACGGAAGUGUACGAACAAAAAGGGAAAACAAAAUAAUAAACAAAGGUCGAAUCGUCGAACAGCUGUAAAUACGCACUCUUAAAUGCGUACAUUCGCGAGUUAGUUGAUACGUUUAAAAGUUGUGUAUAAUGUACUCAAGUAAAACCUAAUUCAGUGAAUAAAACAAAAAUUAUUUGGGAAAACAUUCUAACAGCGUGUGAAGUUGGUAUUUUAAAGAUUUAAAGAAAUUCUGCAUCUAGCCAAAAUCCAAAAUGCCUUGGUACUUUCCUUGGUCUGAGGCUAUCAAGAAAAGGGCAUGCAGAUAUUUGCUGCAACAUUAUCUUGGUCGAUUCUUGGAAACAAAAUUAGGAUUAGAUCAAUUGAGUGUAGAUCUGUACAAAGGAACUGGUUGUGUAAAAGAUGUAAACCUUGAUGUAGAGGCAUUGAAUGACCUUAGUGAUGAACAAGGUUUUCCAGUAGAAUUUUUAGAUGGGUCUAUAGCAGAAGUAUCAGUGUCUGUUCCAUGGUCAGCUCUACUCAGUGACAGUAGUUUUGUAGAAAUAAAAGGACUUUGCUUGGUUGUUAAUCCAAAGCAACAAUGCAAGAAUGCAUUUAUGUGGGAAUCUAUGAUCAAUAGUAUGAUUAUGACUACAAGUAUGCAGCUUGCAGAAGAGUGCUUGAAGCAAAAUGAAGGUGAACCUUUGGAUGAAUCUCAAAAUUCCUUUGAGGGACUGGAAUUAUUUGCCCAAACACUCGAAACAGUUCUAGCACGCAUUAAAGUUCGCUUCAUUGACACUGUCAUCAGAUUGGAACAUGUUCCUCAAAGCUCUCUGUCAGGUGUUGGAAUAGAAAUCCAUAUUAAAAGAGUGGAUUACUAUGAUAUGGCAGGACUGGACCAAAGUAUUCCUAAAGGAGAGCAAAUUGUCAAUGAAAAAUCAGCAUAUGCAACUAAAAAAUUGAGAUUGGAAGGUGUUUCAAUCUAUUCUGAUGAAUUUGCCGCAAAUGAAAAAACACAGUCAAGAAGCUAUUGUUCUUCUUCUGAAAGUGCCUCGAAUUCCGAUUCGUUUUCAGAAUCCAAUCAAAGCAAUAAGUCUCAAGAGCAAAUAAAAGUUUCCGAUACUACGAUUCUUUGUGGAAAACUAAGUGGCAGACAUGAAAUAGCAGUACGAUACAAACAGUGUGACACCUUGCCAGGGCCCAAGAUGGAGCUAGACGUAACACUGGGGUCAACGCUCGUAUUCAUUUCACCUCGGCAACUUCAUUCAUUCCAUGCGAUAUUUCAAGCUUUGCUCCUGCCAACUUCUGAGAUUAACAUCAAAUGCAAACGUACUGAAAAGCCUAUGCAACUCUCAGACUAUCGCCGGAUCGAAAACGAGCUCCAACAACAAAUAAAACAAACAACUAGUACGACAAACGUUCCAGGAGAAUCACUGAGUAGGAAAGGCUGGUCCACUGGAUACUUAGAUGACAGUGAUGAUGAGUUUCAUGCUUUUGAACCAUCGUCCCCCGAGAAAAUACAAAUGGAAUCAAAACAUCAGCGACCUUCAACUGGCUCAUCAUGUGAAAACAACGGGCGUAACGAUUCUCCUUCAACUCGACCUUGCAAAGCUAACAAUCGUACCUUCCACAAUUUGUCUGAGAAUGGAUUCUCCGCGACGGAGGAUAACGCAGCUGUGCGAAUGCGGUUCUCUGUUAAAAUGGGAAGUCUAGCAGCUCUGCUGCUUCAUGAAGAUAUCCUCACUUGCAGUUCAACUACAGGCCAAUUAGCAGCUUCUUCCGUUGAACAGAUGCGUUCUUUGGCCAAUUUUUUCUUUGGAAAACUAGGGCUAUUUAGUUUGGCUGGAGCUGGAAUUAAAGAUUUAUCUGUUGCUAAAGAAAAGCUUGAUUCGGCCUGUACUAAAAGUUAUUUACGAAUUAUUCUGGCCCCUAUAAGUAUUACUGGCACCGAGCAGGAUUCUGCUGUAGGAACUACUUUGGAAUUUAAUUUGACCGUGGCCGUGGCAGACGUCUUGGAAUGCCUCUUAGAAAAAAAUCCUUCAGUGCCUAAUAGUGGGAUUGACUACAGUUCCAUUAUCAACUUCUUCCCGAAUGUGGAUGGAUCUAUCCAACCAAAGCCAAACCUUCAGUUGAAGUUUGUUUCUCAUCAACCGGGGCGUAUUUUACAGAAAGUUCGCAACCCUUCCAAACCCGAGAUGCAUAUCAAUAUUUGCCUCAGUCCGUGCGAGGUUGAAAUCGAUAUGUCGAUAGUUGAUCGUAUUACAGCCCUUUUAAAUCGGCCGAAUUUCUUGAAUAGUCCAAAGGCUAAGUUCAAUCAAAUGUAUCAGGAGAAGCAUCCCAGCGUUGAUGCCAUCUUAGACAAUGAUUCACUUUGUCAGACAUACUUCAGUGUGUCAUCACCCAAAAUUAAUGUUAAGUUGAGGUUCCCUAUUCCGGAUUUGCGGCCUGUCCAUGAUAUGCAGCGGAACCCUUGGUGGCGAAGGUGUCUUCGUCCCGAUAUUUUAUCCUUUGCUCUCUAUGAAGUAGUUUUAAACUCUACAUUCGUUCCCAACGAAACAAUUACAACUUUCCACCUUGUCUGCAAAGAAGCACUUGGUAGCUACCAAGAAAAAGCGGGCCAAGAAACCAUAAACUUUUUGCAAGCUACUGCUCAAGAUGGGGACGACGUUGAUAUAGCUGACGGUGCUGGGCAUUAUGACCUACCUCGAAUAACAUUUACACUUCGACCUUCUCAAACUAAUGGUUUUGAGCUAGAAGAUCACGAUGAAACAAACCACGAAAACGAAGAAGAUAUCGAUGUCAUGACUAUGUCAACAGGAGAAGCUUUACUUGGUAUAACUUCUUCCCAACCCUCACCUUUCAGUAAACAACGGCGCAUUCAUAAAGGACAUAAUCAUCGUGACGAAGGUUCGACUCUAGAUGAGUUGCUGGUUCCUGGCAACAGUGAAGAGAUCGCGGAGUUUAUGGCUGUAGCUUCAAAAAUGUGUCUAACUCAGAUAGACAUUUCCAUUCCGAAGGCUACGAUUCUGUUGCCAUCAAAACAGUUUUUUGAAACGAUCUACAACAGGCUUUCAACGGAUUUAUGCUUGUGGGAGCCAUCGGCUCCUGAAUAUUUCGCCUCUCAUGGACAUGAGACUCAAAACAUGUCCAGUUUCAGUGGACUUAGUUCAGCUGUUUUGCAAAGCCCGAUUCCUAAUAUGUUUAUUAUGUGCAAAUCUGGAGUGGCUUACGAAUCGGAUUCGGAGUCUGAUGAAGGUGAAAGUGGGACUUUUUCUUACAUGAAAAAUCGUCAAGAUCAAUGGAACAUUAAAAAAUGCGCAAAAUCUUCUCCAAGUAAAAUGUGUGUAUCAGUCAAUAUUGGCAAAGGAUCUGGAACGUUGUUCUGUCAACUCAAGGAUUCAUUUGGCAACGAUAGUAUGACUCACCAUGGAGAGGUCCAGUGUACAGUCGAAGACGGGAGGCUGUUUUCAGUGACCGCUUUUAAAGGAGAUGCUCAAACGGGAUACGUCUGUUUUCAAGCUUCAAAAGCAUCUCUGUCUCAUAAUGGGUAUGUUCUAAAUUCUUACGAUGAUGUUGGUAAUCGACCCAACUCCAAAAUCCACCAAACAAGCCGAGUCGAUCAGGUUAUUUACCCAUCAUCUAAUGAUACCAAAGUGGGGCGUGAACAGUUAGAAAGCGGGCCGAUGCUUUCUUUGGCCUUAAAGAUUCAUAAUGAUACCCGCCAGGACGUAAAGACUUUCAAAACGGCUAUCUCGCUUCAAGGAGGGACUCUUCGUCAUCGAUUUGGUCUUCCAGCUCAGAGUUGGUUCAACCAGCUUAUCGACUUCUUUGACGUUGUUGACUAUCCUAUAGCAGGAUAUCGUACACCUACUGUUAUUACAGAACUUCAUCUGAAUCUUUCAAACUGCGGAAUCGACUAUAGGCCACUUUAUUUGCCCGCUAGAGCAUUUCUUAGUCUUGGGACAUUGAAUGUAUCUAGCAACAUCAUGGCUCAAACCAACUCUUCGGUGCUACGUUUCGUUAUGGAAGAUGCCGCCUUAUAUUUGUCAAAUCGUGUAAGCUACGGAACGGUAAAUCUUCGGCGAGACUACGUCUGCGUCUUAGAUAUUGACCUGAUCGAGUUGUCUUUAAGAAUACGCGAAAAACAACAACCUACGGAAACCUCGUCAAAAAACAAAAUUGAAAUCGGCGAAAUCAAAAGUCCUUUUGUUGAACUACAAGCAUCUUUAAAUGUAGUACGUUUAAGGACUUGCGCUGAUUCUUGUCGCCUGUUACUCGAUCUAAUAACAUAUUUGGCUGAUGACGGGGAUUUCGAUGAAAAAGGAAUCGCCAUGUCGGAAGACUCGAGUGAAAGUGGUUUGAUGAGAAGUGGGUUGAAUAGUGCAGUAGGGGGUUCUCUGUCAUCUCUUCAUGGACAGGAAGUAGAAGCACAAGUCAAUGAUCUGAUGGCCGAAGCAAUGCAAGAUUCAAGUCCUGUCCAGCAUCAGCGGCCUCAGAAAGUAUCACCAAAAGAACAUUUGGUUUCCAAUACGACUGAAGUGUUCUUCUUUCCGGAUGAGAAUCGAGCUCCUAUUAAGAAGGAGAAUGUUGUUGACGAUCAAAGCGAACCCUGCGGAAUUUGGCACAAGGAAAUAGAUCAGCAACUUAUGGACGAUGCUCUUGAUCCUGCGUGCGACGAUUGUCCGAAAUUAGAAGAAGAAUUUUGCAUCUUGGAAAAUGAUCCUGGCAUCGGCUUUACGCCUCGUGGAGGUGAACCCCAAAUUCGUCAGUUAACGUCAGAUCCAGUUCAAGUUGUCGAGGGACACUUUGCGCCUCCUAUUGGAAAAACUGAUGUUCUUAAAGCUCCAAAAAAUUUUCCUGUCCCGGUCAUGCGCUACACCUUGGGGGAAAUGACUGUGAUUUGGGAAGUCUUUGGUGGUCAAGAUUUCCCAAAAUUAUCAUCUACUUCAUUUCCUAGUUCAAGCAAAAACAAGUUUCAUCGAACUGUUAGUUUUUCAAAAGACAGUCAGGAACAAGUGAAAAUUCGACCAUCAACUGAAAAUAAAUCCCACUUAGCUGGGAGCUCCAGUAGUGGUGGACGUAGGCUUCAGAACCAUACAGGAGGUUGUAACAGACAACAGGAUGUCAAAUUAGAGCUCCAAAUGAAUAAGGUUCGCUUCAUACACGAGGUAUACCCUGAGGAUACUUUCCAAGCUUCUCGUCAAGUCCUGACAAUUGGUGAUAUAGAAAUCAGGGAUCGCCUAGCCGAAUCACAUAUCAACAAAUUUUUGUAUCAAUACUGCUGUGAGGCUCGACCCCGACAAGCUCAUGCUAAUAUGGUUCUGAUUAAAGCGUUACAUGUUAGACCUGAUUUGCAUCUUCCGGCUUUGGAGUGCUGUUUAAAAGUCUCUAUUUUACCUCUACGCCUACAUAUAGAUCAAGACACGCUUACUUUUAUGAGUGAAUUUUCCUCUGCCUUGUCCGAAGCAGGAGGCCAUAGUGAAGAAGAAGAAGGGGGGAAAUCCUCCAUGAAUACACCUACUGCAGUUCCCGUGAUGGGUGUAGCAGGCGAAGUUAUUUCACCAACUAUGGGUAGCCGAGACUUUCCGAAUCAACCAGAUUCAAUUAGUAGUGCCGACAGCAGCGACUUAGCAGUUUCCCCACCCGUAUACUUUAGAUCGUUUAUCUUUUCCCCCGACGUUUUGAUUCGUUUUGACUAUCACGGCAAAGGGGUUGAUCUUAGCCAAGGUCCGUCUUUUUCUGGACUUUUGGUCGGGCUUGGACAAUUGAAUUGUUCGCAGUUGACUCUUAAACGACUUUCCCAUCGUCAUGGGCUUUUAGGUGCUCAUAAGCUGAUUGCAUAUGCACUUAAUGAGUGGCUAAUGGACAUAAAAAAGAAUCAACUACCCUCUGUGAUGGCUGGUGUGGGACCGAUGCAUUCAAUAGUUCAAUUAGUUCAAGGAGUCCGCGAUCUCUUUUGGUUACCAAUCGAACAAUUUCAAAAAGAUGGCCGAAUCGUACGUGGACUGCAGCGCGGUGCUAAUGCAUUUAGUACCUCGGCUGCGUUGGCAAUUUUGGAAUUGACUUCUCGGCUGGUACAGACAUUACAGAGCGCUGCAGAAACGGCAUACGACGUAGUUUCGCCUGGCCCAAGUGUAAGGAGAACUCGAACGGGAUCCCGAGGACGCCGUCGUCGACAAGUCCAGCCCGUAGACAUCCGCGAUGGAGUAGCAAAAGCUUACCAAGUCGUUAGAGAAGGUUUGGGAGAAACCGCUCAAACUUUAGUCCGUGUCGCUAACGAAGAAGCCGAGCAAAAAGGUAUGACAGGAGCCGUAGGUGGUGUUUUACGACAAAUUCCUCCCAUUGUAGUCAAGCCGAUAAUUUUAGCAACUGAAGCCACUUUCAAUGUGAUUGGUGGCGUUCAAAGCCAGUUAAUGCCCGACACGCGCAAGGAAGCCAGUGACAAAUGGAGACAAGACGAUUGAAAACUGUAUCUAAAACUCAGCCUUGUUGCGAUCUGCAAUAGCAGCUGCUGCCUUUUUUCCCUUAACAUUUUUUGGUCUACUUUCAAUGAUCGCUUUUAUACGUUUAGUUAAAAUUUUUCCAUAAUUGUCGAACGCUAUGGUAUAACGUCAGAAAAUAUACAUUGAUUUCCAUACUCUU